AUGGAAGAGCAAAAAGAAGAAAACGAAAAAGUUAAUUUGGAUGAAAUUCUGCAGAAUGAGAUCGGCCAGAUAGGCUGGUUUCAACUGAGAUUAGUGUUAUUGGCCGGAGUGGUUGUUAUAUUCAUAGGCUGGGGGACCAGUGAGUACUUAUUUACUGCAGCUCGGAUUCCCACAAGAUGUUAUAUCCCAGAAUGUGAAGGCCAAGAUGCUAGACAAUUUUCCCCGCCGUGGAUUCUGAACGCCGUUCCAGCCAGUGGCAGCUCCUUUGAUAGUUGUCGACGCUUUUAUCCUAUUAAUUCCUCAAAUUCAAUGACCGAAGACUGUCCAAACGAAAAGUUUAAUCGACAACGAAUAGUAAAUUGCGAAGAGUAUGUGUACGAAAAUACUAACACAGCCGUUUAUGAUUUUUCUUUGGCGUGUGAUGAAUGGCGUCGCACGCUCAUCGGAUCUGCGCGCACCCUGGGCACCCUAGCUUCUCUUCCAAUCACUGGCUUUGUGUCGGACCGGUUCGGGCGCCGCUUCGCCAUUGUGCUCAGUGGCUUCAACGCCGCCUGGCUGGGGCUCAUCAGAUACUGGUCUUACACCUAUGUUGGCUUUGUCAUGUCAGAGUUUGCUGAGUCUAUGUUUGGCUCGGGAGGGUUCUCAAGCUCGUAUAUUCUUAUAAUGGAGAUGACAGGACCGAAGUACCGCGUCAUGGCAGGAGCUAUCCUCAACACUUUCUUUGCUGUAGGCCAAAUGACAACAGGACUUCUUGCAUGGGCUAUACCUGAUUGGAGGAAUCUGACACUGGCAUUGUAUGUGCCACAAUUUUUAAUAAUAGUUUAUAUUUGGGUCAUACCAGAAUCUGUACGCUGGAACAUAAGUAAAGGGCGUUAUAGGGAUGCAGAAAAUCUUCUGAAAGAAGCAGCUCGAGUUAAUAAAAAGAAGUUGUCUGACAAAUCUUUACAUGCUUUGAGGCACAGGGCAGACGAAGAAAAGAAAUCAAAAGAAUCGCAAGAAGAAGAAUCUUUAAUAGAGGCCUGGUUGCCCAUGCUAGUGUUCAAUAACAAAGCAAUUCUUUUAAGGACCAUUGUGUCUCCAGUCUGGUGGAUAACCUUGACCUUCGUGUACUACGGCCUGUCCAUCAACUCAGUGAACAUGGUGGGCAAUAGAUAUCUUAAUUUCAUUUUAGUAUCAGCUGUAGAGAUACCAGGUUAUUGGACUGCGGUGUUUCUGUUGGGCAAGAUUGGUAGAAAGCCAGUACUUAUUGGAGCCUAUUGGAUGUGCGCGUUAUGCCAGAUCGCAUACAUAUUUGUGCCUCAUGGCUUUACAAACGUUGCUUUGGCUAUUUACGUAAUUGGAAAGUACAGCAUCUCUUUGGUGAUAACUUCACUCUAUGUGUAUACAGCAGAGCUAUAUCCAACUAAAUACCGACACAGAUUGUUUGCAUUUUCCUCCAUGAUUGGAAGAAUUGGCUCAGUUUUAGCACCACUGACCCCAGCUUUUGGAGAAGCGGUAUGGGUUAAUCUUCCGUUCACAAUGUUUGCGGGUUUCGCUAUGCUGUCCGGAUUCUUGGUGUUCAUCACUCCGGAAACCCUUGGCACCAAGUUACCUGACACCAUGGAGGAAGCUUCGAAUAUAGGCGUUAAGAAGACGUGA